GUUUUGCCGGAGCACGGCACCCUCUUGGGCUCCAUCCAGGCCCCGACCAGUCCCACGCCUGGGGGCGCGGCUGCCUUUCGCGAGGGCCAGGUGUUGGAAGUCUGGAGCGAUUCGAAGAAGGCGUGGCUGCCCGGGGUGGUCCUGGCAGCAUAUGCGUCAGACACCUCAGCAGAAGGAUACCGGGUGCCCGCAGGCACUGUCAAGGUGUCUUCCAACAACGGUGUCAAGUGGGUGAUGCCCGACCAGAUCAGCAGCAUGCUGUGCCCCCAGAUGCAUGGGUUGGAGCGAUUCAGCGAGUCUCAGCGGAAGGCUAUGGUUGUGAGAUCUCAGAGCCCACGCAGAGAGGUGAGGACGUCUAUCUGCCAGACCCGCUGGCAGAGGUUUCAGACGCAGAUGCAACUCUCCUGCCGAAGCCGAAGCCGGUGAUGUACAAGUUUGUGUCCCCUGGAGAGCUCGGCUACACGGGCUACACGCUCUUCCAGGGACCGCCAUGUUCACAGCACUGCACAUCGGCUGAGACGCAGAUGCGCAUCGAGUCGAUGGAGCAGCUUACAGUUGCUCUGCUGUUGUUCCCAACUCCACAGUGUGAUGAACUGGAGGAGCCGCCACCAGAAAGAAGUGCCACCAAGCGAGGCAGCAGCAAGGAUCGGCCACCCUCCAAGACCGCGCCCGUCCCUCCAAAGCCCAAGCCGGCGCCAACGGAACCACCCGAGCCCCCGGCCUGGCUGGCAGAAGCCUGGAAGGCCAUCCCUCAGAAAGUCGCCACCACCGUUGAGUCGCCGGAAGGGACCUUGGUGAAAUGCAUACAGGCCUACACACAAGAUUUGGAGCCUGGAGAGGUCCUCUCGGUGCCAGGCUGCGGACCUGACUUCUUCGCCAUCUUCCUCUACAAGCAAACCUCCCCAGAACGCCCCGAUGUGGUGCGGCCUCUGGUGCUGCGUGAGCCAGCGCUUCUGGCGGCAGGUGAUCGCGUAGAGGCCCUACUGCAGCAGCUAAGUGCGGAGCUGGGGGAUGAGAUGGCCAGGGAGGUGCUGAUGACCGAGGCGACGACGCAGGCUUCUUUCCAGCCGCCUCAGAAGCUGACUGUGAAGGGAAGCUCGCGCACGGGCUGGCCGAAGCUCUGCCAGGAAGGUAGCCACGAGGACAUCGUACGCUGGAUCUUUGAACAUAAGGUUGACGUGUUGGCCGGGAUCACCUCGGAGCCUGUGGCGCGGGAUAUCCUGAAGAGUUUGGGCGGUUUGAAGGCUCCUGUAACGGUCCCGCUGAUGCAAGAUCGCUGUGCUGCGAUUCGCGAGCUCUUAGAUCUCAGAUCUAUCUCGGCCACGCUGCAGAACCAUCCGAAGCUUCUGACACACAGCUCCGAAACUUUCCGAGAAAGCUUCAGAGAAGUAGAGGAGCACCUGGGCACACUGGCGGCUCGGGAGGUUCUGCGUGCGCACGCUAACCUUCUGAUGGUGGACAGCCAGCUGCUAGAGUUCUUCUCCAUCAUGUCGGAGCGGUUUAACGAUGACGACCUUCGGCAUCUUCAGCAAACUGGCAGCGGUGGGUGGCGGAAGUGGCCCGAGAUCGUCGGAAAACCCCGGCCGGAGAUCCAAGCUUGGCGAGGACACGUGGCGGGUCAUCACCGACAGCGAUGCUGUGCCGACCGAGUGCUAGCAUUUGGAGCGGAGCCACAGGGGGCAGCGGCUUUGGCGAUGCUGACAGGCGAAAUUCCCGAAAUUCCACCGCUGCUGCUCGAGUGA